GUGAUGGCGACGUCACUGAUAUUUUUGUCAGUGGACCCGGAAGUGAGAGCGAAGACGAGGCGAAGCUAAGUUUUGAUUUCAGUUGUUGUUGUUGUACUUAUUGAUCGUAACGUCGCUCCGAUCGCUCGCCCUCUUCUCUUUAGCUGAACUCCACCGAAACAAGUCGCCAGGAUGUCGAAUAUGGAGAAACAUCUCUUCAACCUGAAGUUCGCCGCCAAAGAACUCCAGAGAAACUCCAAGAGGUGUGACAAGGAGGAGAAGGUCGAGAAGAACAAAGUGAAGAAGGCCAUCCAGAAGGGGAACACGGAGGUGGCCCGCAUCCACGCCGAGAACGCCAUCCGCCAGAAGAACCAGUCGGUCAACUUCCUGAGGAUGAGCGCCAGAGUGGACGCGGUCGGGUCCCGCGUGCAGACGGCCCUCACCAUGAACAAGGUGACCAAGUCCAUGGCGGGCGUGGUCAAGGGGAUGGACGCUACGCUGAAGGGCAUGAACCUGGAGAAGAUCUCGAUACUCAUGGACAAGUUUGAGCACCAGUUUGAGACGCUGGACGUGCAGACGGCGCACAUGGAGGACUCCAUGAGUAGUACCACCACCCUGACUACACCCCAGAGCCAAGUGGAGGGACUGCUGCACGAGAUGGCCGACGAAGCCGGGCUGGACCUGAACCUGGAGCUGCCCCAGGGACAGAGCGGCUCGGUGGGGAGCAGUGUGGCCGCCGCCGAGCAGCAGGACGAGUUGUCCUCACGACUGGCCAAGCUCAGAGACCAGAUGUAGGACGCGCGCUCCAGCUCGCCACCCUUCUCUACUCCAUCAUGGACUCUCUCCCAGGAUGCAUCUGUGUACUAGACGCGUCCUGUUGUGUAUUUAGGAGCGUAUGGUCACUUCUGCUUUAUGGUUCCCUGCAUUGUAUCUCUGGUAACGGUGUAUUUAUGAAUCAUGGGGAUUCUCUUUUCAACAUUGGGGUUUAUUUGUAUUUGUUUGUAUUAUUUACCAGUUAAGAGUCUUUCCGGCACGCUGUGGGUUUCAGACGAGACAGUUGUUCUUGUUAACGUAGUUAUGGUUAAACUUUAAAUAACCUGAGUUUGAAAUCUGUUCCCUCAUGUAGUGAGGAAGAGCUUUAUCAAAGACCGAAAACUGAUCCCAUAUUCUCAAGUUCGGUCCGAUGUUUAUCAAAUGUAUGUCGUCAGACCCUGUUGUCAGGACGACCGCCUAUAUGAUGUUUGCUGUGCUCCUUGUGUCAGGGAUCAUGAGACGAGGGUGCAUUUUAUAACACUUUUAUCCUUUUUGCCUUGGUUUUCAAUAAAUUCAUUAUAAAGCCGGUGA